AUGCUUGCACGCGUUACUUCAAGUCAAUCAUCAACUCCAGGGCCUGGAGCAUACACUCCUGGCUUUGCUGCUAAAGCAAAAGCUCCUGCUUACACAUUAAAAGGAAGACACGAAAGUUCACAGCAAAUAACCGAUGCUCCUUAUAGAGACUUACCCAGUUCUAUUGGUGCUGGUCCAAAAAUUUCACUUGCAAGCAGACAUGCUCAAAGAGCUUCUGAUUCUUCCCCUGGACCAAGCUACAUUCCCCCACCUCUUGGUUCAGAUGCUAAAAAGUCAUCGUUUUCUUUUAGACAUCCAGAUUCGCGCGAUUUAUCAUCAGAUAACCCAGGACCAGGCGCAUAUUCAUUAGAACCAUUAUUCGCCAAAGAUGCCAAGAAAUUUACACUUCACGGAAGGACAGGAGAUUCAUUCCAGAUAUCAUCGCAAUCUCCUGGCCCCGCUGCAUACAAUCCAGAUUAUCUUGCCACUCGUACUCGUCCUCCAUCCUCUACAUUUCACGUUAGAACUGCAAUCCAGCAGACAUCUGACAUAACCCCAGGACCAGGUGCAUAUGCAAUCAGUCGCGAUCUCGGUGGAAGAACAGCUACAUUUCAUACUCGUAGUUCUUACACUUCUACAUCAUCUGCCACUCCAGGUCCUGGAGCCUACAACCCAUCUCUUGCAUCAACGAUGAAAAAUACUCCAUCAUACACGAUGAAAAGUCGUCAUGACCCUCCAUCAUCAUCGAUUAAUACAGCUCCUUACCACAACAUUCCAUCAACUAUUGGAGUGGGACCAAGGAUCUCUCUUGGCAGUCGGCGUGAAGUCCGUACUACACAAGAAACUCCUGGUCCAUCUUAUGUUCCACCAUCUUUCGGUUCAGAUGCCAAGAAACUUACAUUUGGUGGUGGAAGAUACCUUCAGAGCAGAUCAGGUGACUCAGAUACCCCAGGACCAGGUGCAUAUAUGGUCCCAUCAACUUUCGGAAGAGAAGGCAUCAGAAGUUCAAUGCACAGCAGACACGCAGAGCCAAAUACUGCAAAUGCCUCGCCAGGACCUGGAGCUUAUUAUCCUGACUACAAUUUCACUAAGCCAAGGGCUCCGUCUGCUUCUAUGCAUAUAAGAACAAGAAUGAAUCAGCCUGAGUCUACACCUGGCUACUACGAUAUCGGUUCAACUCUUACCGGACCUAAGUUUACAAUCGGAAGAAGAGAAAACUUAGGCGUUAUUCCUAUUUAA